GCUGUCAAUGUCAAAAAAAAUAUCUUGAUUUUGUGGGUUUUCUUACAAUGAAAAUUUAUUUUCCAUUUUCAUUGCCAAUUUUGCCCCUCAUUUGAUCAAGUGCUUACGUUGUUAUUUAUUACUAAUGUCUGCAAUGAAUACUUUAAAUACGGAUGACGUUGUAGAUUUCAAUAAAAUAUGUCGAGCGUGUUUAUCAGACUCUGGCCCAUUCAAGGAUUUGUUUUUAGUUUGUACUCCAGAAAUGUACAAGUAUUGUACAUCGGUUGAGGUUUCUAAAACAGAUGAGUUACCAAAACAAAUCUGUCAAAAAUGUCUGGAGGCGCUCAACAAACUGUUUUUCUUCAAGGAAGUUGCCAUUCGUUCUAAUGCUAUUUUAAAGAAACAAGCUGCGAAGACUAAAAUAAAACAAGAAGGCCAGGGAAGUGCAAGUGCAGAAAACAAUUCAAAUGAUGACGAUGAUAGCUCCAGUGACGACAGCAGUUCCAGUGAGCCAGCAGCUGAAGCUCCCAGAAUCACAGGAAAAUAUAAAUCAACACGGAUCGUCAGAAGGAAUACGCGUCUGAAGUGCGCCAAGUGUGACCGAUCAUUCCAGAAGUACGAAAACUUCGAAGCUCACAUGAGAAGUCAUUUUGGUAAAAAGCCAGACAUAAAAUGCGACCACUGUGACAAGACAUUCUCUUCGCUGAAGAACCUCCACAGUCACAUGCGAACGCACACAGGCGUCCGAAAGUACCAGUGUAGGACGUGUGGCAAGAGGUUCAUGUAUCUCAACGUGUUGAAGAACCACGAACUGAUCCACUCCGGUGACAAGAAACACGCGUGCCAUCUGUGCGAUGCGAACUUCGUGCAGCUUUACAACUUAAAGAGACACUUAGAAACCCACACCAAUGAAAAGAACUACGGAUGCGCGCAGUGCGGGAAGAAAUUCGCCCAGCCCGGCAACCUGAAGAUCCACUUGAUAAGGCAUACUGGAAUCAAGAACAUAGCUUGCACUUUGUGCGACAUGCGCUUUUAUGUGAAGAGUGACCUGUACAAGCACAUGCGCUCGCACUCGUCGGACCGGCCGUACUCGUGCGAGUACUGCGACAAGCGCUUCAAGUGCAAGAGCUUCCAGAUCGUGCACUCGCGGACGCACACAGGCGAGCGCCCCUACGCGUGCGACAUCUGCCCGAAGCGUUUCCGCGCGUUCAAGGACCUGCGCAACCACCGCAUGAUCCACACGGGCGAGAAGCCGCACAAGUGCGCCGUGUGCGGGCAGGCCUUCAUACAGAAGUGCGCGCUCAACCGCCACAUGAAGGGCCACCGCGCUGAGCCACGCCUGCCGUUGCCGCAUGCCUACCCCGACCGCCUGCCGUGGCCACUGGACGACCGUCUGGCCAACUAGCGCCACCCAGCUGCCACCGCCACUGUGCCGUCCUCUAACUAAGGCCACAGUGGCACGGCUGCCCCGCAAACUAGCGCUACUGCGCCGCUGUCAAACUGAAGCUGUCACUAGUGACAUUGCUGCCACUCCCACUGCUAUAGUUACGAUUUUGAAACGUCAAAUGGGAAAGAUCGAAAAUAGUAACCCGGCAUUGAUGGCAGCGGUAUUGACGGUGGCGCCCCCCUGUCAAUGUCACGGGUGAGACGGUUCAGUGUAGUUCAUCUAUACGACCGACGAUUGCGUCUUCAAACUGGGAGCCUAUAAGCUGCUGCACGCCUGUCCUGGCGCUGGAUCAAGCUCAGGCCAAACAGCGGCACGGCGUCAAACUGUCACCAGCGAUAUGGUUGCCACGCCCAGUGAAGCGCGCGAACGUUUUCAAACUAAGAAACUGAGCACAUUUAAUGUCACACGCCUAUUCCGACUACCUGCUCUGGAAGCUGGAGAGGAAUGACUUGCCACCAAGCGUAACCCAACGUACGAAUCUUCUACAGUCGGCGACUGCUUUGCCAACUAGUCGGUAAACUGAAGUUACAAUUAAAGAUGUGGGUUCUAGGCGGGAGAACACGUGGCGUGGUGAGUACAGUAUCGCGUUCAAAACACAUUUAGGUCGCUCCUUAUGUAGUCGCAUUUUCCAGAUAAGAUUUUGGACGUAUGUA